AUGGCAGUUAUACCAAUAGAUAUUGCCUUUUACAUGGUCUUGGUAAUCUUUGGAAUUUUGGGAAACUCAUUGGUGCUUCUGACAGUAAUAAGCAAUGCUGUAGAGAACAAGACUAUGCCAGCUUCUGAUAUGAUACUUAUGAACCUCACAGUUACUCACCUUUUAUUAUCUGUCCUUCGGAAUGUCCUGGUUGUUACAUUCCAGAUGGGAAUAGAUCUUCUCUUCUCCACCUCUUGGUGUCGGGUCUUCAUGUUCCUUUGGACCCUUUUGAGGUCCAUGAGUGUCUGGGGCACAUUCUCCAUGAGUGUAUUCCAUUAUAUCAGCAUCAGGAACCAUUAUUUUAAACUCAGAGCAAACUCUUUCAUCACCACCAUUAAAGUCUUAGCUGCACUUUGGAUAUUCAACAGCUUGUAUUAUAUACCAGCUCUAUUAUAUACUUCUCGUGGGGAAUCUAACACCACAUUUUCAGUACAGCUAAUAAGCACCAGUACCAGACCUGUGUUGGGCUGUGUAUGGAACUUCCCAAGCCCUAAUGCAAACCUUUUCUUCGUCACUGCAUCAUUGGUUAUUCAUGAAAUCAUACCUGUUAUUCUUAUGGUGGCCACUAAUCUAGGUACUCUGUAUACUUUGCAGCAGCAUUCAAGGGCUAUAGCUGCACAAAAAACCAUAAACCGUGUGGCUUCUGAGAAGAAAGCAGCCAUGGUGAUCACCACUUUGGUCUUUUUGUUUGUCAUCUGUUGGGGAACCAACGUGGUAGCUGUUAACUUCUACAACUUUACAAAAGGGGCAUCUGCUUCCACCUUCCUGUUGCCCAUGGCUAACUUUGCUGCCUAUGUUUUCAUGGGCUUCAGCCCUCUGGUGUUAUUGAUUGGACAUGGCAAGCUGCGUAGAAAACUGAUUAGCCUGAUAUGUAAGCAGUUUAAACAUCAAGUUAAUCCAGUUGCCUCCUCGCUUAAGUUUAUUACCAAUGUGACUACUGACAAGAGUUAG